AUGAAAUAGGAUUAAUGGUUGAGUUAAUAAACCAUAACUGAUCAUACUAAUAAAGUAUAUUCAUUAAGCUUAAAUGAACAACAAAAUAAAUUGAUAAUUUGUUCAGAAGAUUCAUAAAUAUUAGUAAUAGAAUAGUAACAGUUGGUUAAAAAAUGGAUUAUUAGAUAAAAGAUAAAAGUAGAUUAAUCUGGAUUUUGAUUAUGUUUUAUUAAUGAAGAUUAAUUUGCAUUCUAACCUUAUAGUAAAGAAUUAAUGUAUCUAUAUGAGGUGGAUAGGAUAGUAAUACUAAAGAGUAUAGAAAGACGAAGGAAAUUGCUGUAAAAUUUGGUUCAAAUGGUGAUUGGUACUUAUUUCCAUAAUAAUACAUAAAGUCCAAAUGCCUCCUGGUGAAUAAGAAUGGUAAUCAUGUUAAUUUAAUGAGAAAGAAAGAAAAUGGUGACUUAAUACUUUAAUAAUCUAUUGAUUUUGGUACUUCUGGUAUUUAUGGAUAAUUAAGUUGUGAUGGAGAGUUUUGGAUCACUUGGAAUUGGAUAUCAAAGGAAAUACAUAUAAGGAAACUUAAAGAAUUAUGA